UCCGUAAUUUACGUGGGCUUCGCAUCCAGAACCCUCAUUAUUUCCAUACCAACACAGUCCGUCCUAUUCCCGAAAAUUUAGAAGAUAGCAAUAGCAAGGGUAUACAGUAGCCACCAUGACAGAAGAAGAAGUCAAAGAGGACAAUCAUGUGGAGGAUGAAUCGGUAGAGGUUCGGCCGAACCUUGUGUUCAACAGCAUUGUCUCGUCGACGACACUGACGGCAGCAGAAGCAGAAGAAGCAGCCAAAGCAGCCGCUGCCGUGACGCCGACCAUUGCGGAACCACGAGCGGCCAAUGGAGCACCCCAGCAGCGUCGUCGGUCUCAUUUUCAGGCUCUGCUGGAAAAGAAGGAAUCCCAGGCCGUUCAUCGUGUGCCUCAGCAACCCAAAAUUGACGAAGGCGAAGAAGAUGACGAUGAGGAAAACGCCGAGCCGCCCGUAUAUAAAGACUUUCAGGCAGUUCCUCAGGAAGAACAAAACCACAACCUGCAGGCCACUGGUGGUGGUGAUGAUAGUGAUGAACGCCCUCAGAUGCGCCGUCGAGAAUCUGGUUUUUUCGAUAUCGGUGAUGGCUACACCAAGUUCCAGGCUCAUGUGGGGAUGGAUCGUCAUGUGCAGGUCAAUUUGCGCAAUUAUUGCUACCAUGUUCCGGUCAAGAUGGAUGCUCCCAGUAUCAAGACUGUCUUGAAUCAGAGUGCUGUCUACGUCGUCUACGAGUUCUUUCGACGAGUACACUUUUACUGCCAACGAAAACAAAACAAUGCACCUCCUGGCUCUCCCCAAGGCUGGGAGGCCGAGACUCCUGGCGAGUUGUUCCUGCCCUUUGACAAAAAGUCCAUUCUCGAUGAUAUCACCCUGUGCUUUGAACCUGGGAAAACAUACCUCAUUUUGGCACCGCCAGGAGGAGGAAAGACUACCUUACUCAAAGCCAUUGCUGGAUUGCUACCCUACGGGAGGGAUCUGCAGGGGAAUCCCGUGAAGAACCAACCACACAUCGACGGACGGAUCGAAUUCAAUGGCGUUACCAAGGAAGAUGAACCAGAAAUGAUCCUACCCAACCUGGUGUCCUUUGUGGGACAACUCGACAACCAUGCUCCUUAUCUGACUGUCAAGGAAACGUUUGACUUUGCCUUUCAAUGUCGAACCGGUGGAACUCACUCGAACUUGGGUGUCAAAUCCGAUAAUGUCGUGGCCGAUCUCGACAAGGAAAAGUUUACCGAAAACCUAACGAUUGAAGGACUCGAUCUGGCACACGUUGCCGAUACGUUUGUUGGAAAUGACGAUGUUCGUGGUGUCUCUGGUGGACAACGUCGUCGAGUGACUGUCGGGGAAAUGAUGCAGGGCCAGAAUCCCGUCGCAUGUGGCGACGAAAUUAGUACAGGAUUGGACGCCGCAGUCACGCACGACAUUGUGCAUUCCAUUGUCGCCUUUUCCAAAAAGGCCAUGACCACUCGCAUUAUUUCACUACUGCAGCCAGGACCCGAAACGGUUUGUCUUUUUGAUGAGAUUGUCUUGUUGGCAGAGGGUAAGAUUGUGUUUGCUGGGAAGAUUGAAGAGGUCGUCGAUUACUUUGAAGCAUUGGGAUACGAACAACCUGCAACCAUGGAUGUGGCGGACUACAUUCAAUCCAUUCCCACUCCGGAUGGAGCUCUGUACUUUAAUGCGGAACGCAGUCCGCUUUCCAAGCACUACACGACAGAACAGUUCUCCAAUGCUUUCAAAGACAGUAAGCAAUACCAACGAAUUAAAGACAAACUCGACAAUAGCAAGACACCCAAUCAGUGGAUGCCUGUGUCGAGAGGAAAAUCCAAGAGGGGCGGCGACGAAGAAGAGGGCACAACUGCCAAGAAAGAAGUCCCCAAACAAUUCAGAGUUCUCUACCAGAACUCCUUUGUACGUGCCAUGUCACUGAAUUUUAAGCGGCACCUGACUCUUUGGAAACGUGACUAUGGGUUCAUCAUUGGAAAGAUGUUUGAAAACAUUGGUAUGGCCGUUGCGACAGGGGGGAUUCUCUUUGGACAAGCUAGGUUGCCCGACAUAGAGUUUCGAGAUCCAGCGGAAACGGCAGACAAGCAGUACAAGCUCGUGGCUGGUAUCUAUGGAGCAUUGUUCAUGACAACGUUUCACAUUCUCCUUGGAACAAUGACUGCGGCCCCAGAUGAAGUAGACGGCCGUUCCAUCCAUUACAAACACCACGAUGCAAAGUUCUAUCAGACAUUUGCUUUUGUGUUUGGGCGCCUUUUUUCGACAUUUCCACAGCGAACUAUCGAAAUUGUCUCAUUUGGAAUUCCCCUGUACUGGAUGGUCGGUUUGGACCCCACUGCUCGAGGUUUUUUUGUUUACUUGGCAAUUCUCAUCAUCUACACGAUUGGAUUGAAGUUGAUGUUUAGCAUUUUGGCGCAAACGCUCCCCAAGAAGGCAAACGUUCAAGGGGUGGGGACCUCCUUGGUUCUUCUCAUGGUGUUGUUCGGUGGGUUCAUUGUGUAUCCGAAUGUCAUGCCGCCUUUCUACGACUGGAUCAUCUGGACGAACCCAAUGGCGUGGGCUUUGCAAGGUCUGGUGUCAAACGAAUUCAUGUCAGACAAGUACAAGGAUAUUCCUGGAGGCGGUGAACAGUUUCUGGAAGUCCGUGGUUUCAAAGUUGGUACACAAUGGAUCUAUUAUCCGUUUGCCUAUCUGAUUCCGUUCACCUUCUUUGCCGGCCUCGUGCUUGGGGUGGUAAUGAACCACAUACGCAUCGAGCCAGAAAUAAACAGCGUGAAAGGGAAGAAGAUCACCAUUGGAAAAGCCCAGCAAGACGACGAAGAAGAUUUUAACCUGCCGUUCAUUCCCGUGGACUUGACCUUUGAGAAGAUGGUGUACGAAGUCAAAGCUUCUACAGGAGACGAGACCUUGAAGCUGUUAAAUGAGGUAUCAGGUAUCUUCGCUGCUGGUCGAAUGGUAGCUCUCAUGGGCAGCAGUGGUGCAGGGAAGACUACUCUGAUGGAUGUCAUCGCAAUGCGAAAGGAUUCUGGUACCAUCACGGGAGAUGUCAUGUUGAACGGAUUUCCACAAGAGCGGAGGUCCUUUCUACGUGUGUCUGGAUACGUGGAGCAAUUCGACAUCCAGCAACCAGAACUAACCGUACGAGAGACUGUGGAGUUCUGCGCAAGGUUGCGCCUGAAUGCCGACGACCCGGGAAUCAAGGAUGAUGCCGGGAAGCUAAGGUUCGCUAGCAAUGUGCUCAAAACGAUGGAACUGACUAAUAUACAAACCUUACAGGUGGGAAGCUACGAGGAGGGAGGCCUUACUUUUGAACAAAGGAAGCGUCUGGCGAUUGCUUGUGAACUGGCAGGAUCCCCUGCAGUCAUAUUUUUGGACGAACCUACUUCUGGGCUCGAUAGUCGUGGGGCUCUAGUUGUGAUGAGAGCGAUGAAGCGCAUUGCAGAUCAAGGACGCACCGUUUGCAGUACUGUGCAUCAACCAAGCGGAGCUGUCUUUCAAAUGUUUGAUGAUCUGUUGCUUCUAACUAAAGGAGGCAACACGGUCUUCUUUGGCGAGCUCGGACCGGACUCUGUUCGCCUGAUCGAUUACUUUGAAAGCCGAGGAGGGGACCCUAUCGAGUUUGGGGAGAAUCCAGCUGCCUGGAUGCUCAGUGCGCAAACCUCUGGCGCUGCAGCUGAAAAGGACUGGCCAGAAGAAUUCAAGGCGUCCAAACAAUACAGCGAACUGUUCGAAAGGAUUGAAGCGGCGAAGGAAUCACCAGACGAAUCGAAAAAGCUGAGCUUCGAAAAUGACUACCCAACAACGGCAAAAGAACGCGUCCACAUGAUGAAUCGAAGAAUGGUGACAAUUUACAAACGAUCUCCUUCGUACAACCUUGCACGUCUCAUGAUUUCGAUUGUGUAUGCAUUCAUCAUCGGAUCCGUGUUUCUAAGAGGUGAAGGGAGACGCGACUUUUGGAGGGAGAAUGAAGUCGAUGCAGUCAUCUCGACCAUGUUCUUCAGCCUGAUUGUGAUUGGGGUGACAGUGAUCAGUAUGGCAGUCCCCGUUACCAAGACACUGCGUGAUGUUUUCUACAAGCACCGUGCAUCGGGGAUGCUGACGCACAAAGCACUAAGCACGGCCUUAUUCUUUGGGGAGAUUCCUUAUAUUUUGCUCAUCUCAGUUCUAUUUGGUGCGAUUUACUAUGCAACUGUUGGCCUGUUCAGUUCUGCCGAGAGAUUCUGGUAUUUCUUCCUCUUCUUCACACUGAACGUUGCCAAUUAUGCAUAUUUCGGCCAAGCCUUCAUUUGCCUUGUCAAGGAUACCCCCACUGCAGGUGCAUUGAUGGGGGCCUUGAUCGGCUACAACGUGUUCUUUUCGGGUCUGAUCGUGAAGCCUCAGUACUUCAAUGGACCCUUUCAGAUGGGCUUAUGGACGGCCCCCGGUCGUUUUGCAUUCGAGGGAAUGGUCAUUACCCAGUUCAACGAAAUCGAGGUUCCAGUUCUUCCUCAAUACGAGAGCCCCUUCUUCUUUCACCGAAACUGCAGCCUGGCGGAUAAUCCACCAGUUAUCCAGACUUGCAAUGGAACAAUGGAUGCGUAUGUGGAAUUUUACUUUGGUGGCCGGUUCACUAUUGACAAUUUCUGGUUGGAUCUUGGUGUCCUCCUGGGAUAUUUGUUGCUUACUCGCAUCCUGAGUUACUGGGCUCUUUACAAGUUCAACUACUCAAAUUCUUAGCUAGAUUAUGCAAUUGCUGGUUGUGUUGCUGUAACUGGUCAAGAGCGAAAUGAUUUAUCUGUACAGUCGUACUGGUGACUGCUCAUCUAUUCUAUACGUAAAUCAGGCAGACUUAGUAGCAGCCUUUCAUACCGUUUGGAUGUCCAUCCACACAAUCUUCUUCUAGCUAGUCACCCAACACAAUCCGUCUAGCAAUGUUCCAAACGGCGAGGAGCGGCCCAGAACGAUCUUCAUUGGCGUUCAAUCCACAAUCCUUUCGCAACAGUUCCCAGUCAGAUACAAUGAGUCUGUGAUCGGAUAGAUUGCUAGGACUGACAUAGACACCCGAAAGCAGUAGUCUCUGAUCCUUGUAAAACGUGUAAUCGACAAUGGUACCGGACCAGUGCGUUGACGGGGGUGGAUCCAGAGGGGUCAUCCAGUUUGUUUUGGCCGGGAAGGGUCGAUCCCAUAUGCAGCGAUAUCCAAAGGCGCGCAAGAGGUAUGCGACGCCAUCAUUUACGGGUGACUGGCGGCGUUGCUUGUUGUCAACAAUCAUUUGCCAUUCGUCUCGGGUGUAGUCCACUCGCCGUUGUUGAUUGAAACAUCCCGUGACCAUGACAUUGGGGGUAUCGAAUCCAAUGUCUUCCACGAGCGUCUUUAUUUCACCCAAGCGAUAUUG